AUCAACGUGCGAGACGCGAAAAUGUGAAGGUGUUUUGAACCUGCCUGGUGUUUGUGUCAGCGAUCAACGAAAGUUUAUUUAUGUGAGAAGUUUUAAACUAAGGACUUCAAGUCUGCCCGAACCAGUUUUACCAUGAUGCCAGGGGAUAAUCAGUCUAAAACGGUUGCGAUCGCCGCAGAUGCAACGGUUGGAAACUGUCAAAACUGCUCUGUUCUGCACCAGGUUGGAUCAUUGUCAUUGACUGCAAAAUCAACAAAAAUGCCAAACGGUUACCCAUCACUUGGGAUUAUUUUUAUGAUGAGCGAAUAUGUCUGCUAUUCUUACUCUUGAUUUCAAAGAUUUUGUUUUGCUUUUUGUUCCAGAGUCUGAGUGAGUAUGUGUCGUCAUUUCUGGCCCUGAAACAGAAGAUAACAGCUUCAGAGUGAGUACAGCAAAACCGAUUUGUAACCAUGGUAACUUCUCUGAAGACCUUAACAAUAACUGUAAAAUUAUCUGUUAGGUAUUUUACCAUACUUUAUGUCAAUUAAACACGUUGUUUUGGUACAUUGCCGAGCAACGAUAAUAGUUUUGUUGUUGUUGUUAUUGUAAUGUUUUCCUCCCAGCAUAAGCACUUUCAUACUAAAAGUUGGACAAAAAUAACAGCAAUCUGAUUCAUCAUCUGUAAUAGUCAAGUAUCAGUAGUCAUAUCAUCCUACAAAACAAGUGCAAAGAGACUUCAGGACUUCAAUGUUGUAUGAGGAUUUCACACACAUGGGUGUUAUGGUCUUUUGCAUUGCAUGCCCUCAUAUUUAUGCUUCAUGUUUAAUUUAAACAGUGAUGCAAUUAGGCUUCAACAGCAGCUGGAAGAACUGCAGAUCAGACUGCUUUCCCUGGAGAAAAAGACAGCUGAUUAUGAAUCCAUGCAAGCUGAACUGGAGGAAAAGAAGGUAUGUCAUUAUCCCUACAACCCCAACAAAAGUAAAUUCAGCCUUGCAGAAUAAAUAAUCCAGAUAUAUUCUGCUACUGUACUUGAACUCGAACUGUGUUUUUGUCUAUUUUAGGUUGCACUGCAGGUUUAUGGACAGAUGUCUGAGGAAAUGGACAUACUAAAGAAGGAAAACAGCAAUUCAAUAGCAGAGUAAGAAAUUAUGAGAUAUGAAAAUUGUAUUGUGUUUCGUCAUCGGGGUUAAGUGACUAAUAAACUUAUCAAUAUCCCCCAGGAAGCAGAAGCUUGAAGACCAGCUAAGUGAUGUGAAAGGUACCAGUAAUAGUUGCAAAAUUUGUCAAAGAUAAUGAGUGAAAAAGUGAAUAUACGCACUUCCUAUAUUUUUUUUAUUUGUAUUUUUUUCAAACUUACAGAACUGAUGGAGACACAGUCAAUGGAAAAUGGAAAACUUAAAAGAGAAAAGGCUGUGGUAGAGAAUGAUCUGCUGAAAGCACAGGUAUGCCAGAAAAGCUGUCUAGUCAUUUCAGUCAAUUGAUGUUGCUAAAUUACAUAACUUACAAUAACUGGAUUGAUUAUUAAUCAAAUUAAAAUCCUUAUUUUACCUCUCCAGACAUCUCUGAUGAAAUCUCAGGCACAGGCUGAUCAGAUUGAAAAACUGAUGGAGAAGAACGCCAAGACAACAAGCAUGUAAGAACUCAAACCUUCUUGAUACAUUUUGUGUUGAUUACUUUUGUACUAAUGCAGGGCUUUUCUCUGCCAGUCUAUUUUCAUUAUCAAACCCAUAUACAUUUUCAACAGUAUUUUAACAACAUCAUAAAAAAUCAAACGUGCCUUAACAGUUGCUUUCUUCUGAUCAACAGAAAAGAAGACCUUGAAAAUAAAGUGAGGCUGUUUGAAGGUUAGUUUUGACAAAUGUGAUCUACACAUUAGAAAUGAUCUUAUUUUGAUAACUGUAUAUCUUAACUCUUUGAUGAUAAGAUUCUGCCUUUCUGGUGAUUUUGUGAAAAAAUACUUUGUUUGUUUUUAUCAUAGACUCAAUUUGCAAACAAAACCAUCAAAUAACCCAGCUGACCAAAGAGAAGACCCUGCUGGAGAGAAAUAUUUAUGAUCUCCAGGUACUAUAGUUAUACUUCAAAAUAGCACAUUGUGGAAAAAAAAUCUGUAAUUCUAUAUAGUCAACAUUCCCUUUUUUUGACAGGCAAGACUGAUGAAACUGGAAAAAGAGAGGAAUAAAGGUAAGUAAAAAACUUAAUCACCAAAAUAAAAGAUGUCACAACAAAUGUCAUUAUUUGCUGUGGAUAUGCUAUGAUGUGAUCUGGUCAACACUGAGGAAAUCUUAAAAUACCAAACUUGACAUGUAAUUUAACUGGGUCCCUAAGUUCUAACAUACUGGGAUAAUGCUUUGAUGAACAACUUAAUUUAAUUGAUCCUUAUUUGUUUUGUUUUGUUUUGUUUAAUCAGCAGCAUCUGUUGACUUACUUUUGCUUUUGAACAUAAACAUGCAUUGAGUAUAUUAAUGCUUCUCUCCAGAUUAUAGGAACACAUCGACUCAAGCAAGUGCACCAGAGGAGCAUAAGGUUGACAAAGGUAUUCAGGUGUAUUCCUUACUGCUCAUUUAAAAAAAAAUAGUAAUAACAUUCAGGAAUCCUGGGAGUACCUUGUAAUUUAAACUUUUGCAUGUGUGGUCAUCUACUUUCAGAAAUGGUCCGCUCGCUCUUGGCAAGUCUGUGGACCUGUGUUGAACCUCAGCAGCAUGCUGCAAACAUGUUGUGCUUACCUGGUGAGGCUUCAUGAAUCCCAUUUGUUGAGAUCUUGGUUUUUGGUGUUCUGCCUUUGAUUUAACAGAAGUUAGUUAUUCACAAUCAGAUGUUCUUCUGUUCUCCUACAUCUGUUAAAGCUAACAUCCAAUUCUUUAUUCUUCUAAUUUAAGGGCCCUGUACCAAGCAAGUUCUGCCCUCCUCUCCGCCAAAAGGACUCCAUUGCAAUUUAAACCACACAUCUCUGUCUCCAUCCAGUCACAGCAGAGAACCCCACAUUCACUCCAUCAAAACAAAUGCCUCCUAUUCACCGUUAAAAUCCUCUCCCCGUCAACAAAGAGCUGAAAGACAUCCAACAUGUCAACAGUCACGGAGGUCCAAGAAGAAAACAGCCACGCCCAAAAGGAGCCACCAGUCUCCAGAAGAACCCAAAACUGAGAAUAUGUUACCAGUUGUAGAGAUCCCUGAACUCUCUUUUGAGGCGAUAAUGAAACUUUUCGAACCAAUGCCUCCCUGCAUAUCACCAUUACCAGAAUUGGUGAGAAUUUCUUCUUCUUUUUUUAAGCCAAUACAUUGUUUUAUACAUUUAUUUAUGUGUUUCUUCACAUGUUUUAAUAUGGAGACGUCUGUACAUGAAUACAUGAUGCAUUAACCCGCAAGGAGAUCAAACACCCUGCAGUUUGAAAUGAAAUUACACUGAAAUCUAGUUGUAAGUUUACCAAAUUGAAUGGUACUCUAUCAGUAUUGCAAAAUACCAUGGUUUUUCUUUAAGUGUAAAAUAUUAUCUAUUCUAUACAUAGGAAAUGAAUGUUGACAAAAAAGCGAUACAGUAUAAGUUUAUCAUCUGUAAUUUAGUCAGUUUUACUAUUGAAAUGUUCUUGCCUUCCAAUUAGUCUGGUCUCCCAAGGUGUGGUAUGCCAUAUUGAAAGUAACAGCUUUGUUUUCUUCCUUCAUUUUGUCAGCCCUCCGAAUCUAUGGAGACUGAAGAUGGAGAAGAAACAAAUCCUGAUCCUCUUCAACAAGAGGAGUACUCAACCAUCUUAACAUCUGCCUCAACCCACUCGUCAAACACCUCUGUUGUACCAGUGGAAGACAACAUAGACUCACCGGUGAUCAUGACACAGGAAGUAGAUCACUUGUCCAGUGAAAAUAACUCACUAGCAUUUGAGCGAGAUGAGAUUAAUAGCAUUAUUGAAAUUCAGGAGGAAGAAAUGCAGCUUGUGGAAAACAUACAGAUUGAGCAGGGGCCAGCCACUGAGCAGGUAGUAUCAGCAUCAAUGUCAAAUGCUUCUCCUGUACAUGUCAUUGUUGAUGUUGCGUUGCAAAAAACUGACAGUCAAAAGCCGUCCCACAGGGUAAAUUCUGAUAGCAAAGGUUUCGAUAUCAACCCUGAAAUGGACAAUGCAAAGGAUAACACAUCAGAGAAUAUCACAAAGAUGGACGUAGACACAGACCUGAGUGCCAAAACAGAGCCUAGGGAUGCUGGAGAGUCACUCAAUAGAAGUGAUACAACUGUAAUCUCAAAAGAAGUAGAAGAUGUCGAAGUAGGUAAUGCUUCAGCUGUUCCCUCAACAUUCAUAGACUCCAACAGAGGUGCUGAGGUUACAAAAGAAAAUGGUUUAGAAAUGGGAGAAGUUCGUGAAGACUCUUGUGCUUUGGAAGAGAGCAAAGUUGCCACAGUGAUUCAGCCCCAAAAGAGUACACAAUGUCUUGCCGGGGACACAGAUGUUGAAAAGACAUGUCUGCCAAGCAGCAGUGACUCUUGCAAUACUGUUGAAGAGAGGCGUGAAAAUGAUGCACCCACAGCACUCCCAAAGGAGAUAGAUGGGAAUGAAGUUAAUGGAAAGAAGGAGGAGGGGGUUGAUGUAACAGCUUUCCCCUGUGCGUCAAAUCAUGACAAUGGACCUCUGUCUCCUUCCCAGUCUUCACUGUUACAGAUGGAAAAUGACAAAUCCCACCAUGAUCGGGAAUCUGGUCAAACAAAUUCAGAAACUCCUUCAAAAAUGAAACGCAACACAGAAACACUCAACACUGAACCAGUGGAUCAUGGGUGUUCUCUUUCUGACCCUCCAGAGACAAAGACUCUUAAAUGUGAAUCUUUCAAAGAAAACACACCCUCAUUAUGCAGGGCGUUGAGUCCUAAAUGCCUGUUUCCCACUGUCAAAUUGCACACAUUGGAAACUAAUCCAAACCAAGAACAAUUGGAUGAAGGUGUGAGCAUUGAACACAUCUCAACAAAUGAGAAAACUUUACAACCUGAGCCCAAUAAAGAGGAGGAAAGUGCUGUUAAAAACACGAAUGCCAAAGACUUGCCUGAGGACAACAUUAAUGCAAGUAUCCAUAAAGUUACUGAAUGUAAAUUGGGCACGUCUCAUACUACUACCUCAUCACAGCAAAGUGCCCGUAUUAAUGAAGAACAUAAUGAAUGCAAAGAAUCUGCAGACGUGCCUGGGCCAGAUUCAAUUACAGCUCAUCAGCCUGAAUUCUUAGGCCAACUUCUCACUGAGAUGGGCCCUCCACUUCCUCCUGUCCUGACUCCUGUGAGCACCCCUCCAAAGACUGGCAGGUCAAUCAAUCCAAGGCAGGCCAUUGGGAAACUCUCAUUCCCCUCACCAAUGGAUAGAUUGACUUCACCCACCACUCCCAUCCAGGCCCAGUUAACACCCAACAGUCAGCAGCAGAGCACCUCAUCUCUAAGCAGUCCUGUCCGCGGGAUCCCCUCAUCACCACUUCAGUUUGGUUCUGCAACUCCAAAACACGCCGUGCCAGUCCCAGGCCGCCUGCCAAGGACACCGAUGGCUUCUUGUUCGCCAUCUUCCUCCAGUCCAUCUCAGGAAAACUCCAUGAGGCUCCUUGACACCAUGUACCCAGACCUCUCGGCGCAUGCACGCACUCUAAGCAUCCUCAGAGGGAACGUCAGUCUCAGCUGUUCAUCUCACACUGGAGCUUCACCUUCAACAACCAUGAGUCAGAUGUCUGGAUUUAAAACUAUUACCUCAACUUCUACUGCCUUCACCAAGGCCGAGACAAGGGGAGAGAAACGUCAGGCUGAUGGUUUACCUCAACCCAACAAAAGGAAAUGCCUCAGGUUAGAAAACAGCCCCCUUACCAUCAGCUGCCAGCAGGGGCCUUCCUCAUCUCAGAACAGUGGAGAGGAGACCACCUCACCCAAGACUCCUGAACUCAAAAAGCUGCAGGAUGAGACUUCUCCAUCUAUGGACAUAAAACCAACAAAGCAAAAUGUUAUAGACAGCUUCUUGAAGAAAAUUGAACAGAACUGUUUUGAUCUGCUGCCUGUGAUCCGGAGCCACCUGUUUGUUGGUAAUCUGCCCAAGAAGCCAGUUAUGACAGAUGAGGAGAAGGAGGUCAUCUCUGAGAUCUGUCAAAGCAACUUGGUAAGUAUUGACGUUAUAUUUAUUUAUUUAUUUAUAAGUUACUCUGAAGUACGUUAUAUUGGCAGAAACUGGUAUUUUGAAAAGACAUGUAUGUGAGAUAGUUGGGGAUGUUCAAAAGUGACUUAUUUUCUAGUUGUUUGAAUAGAAAUUUGAAUUCCAACUAAUUGGCUGGUCUUAUGGGAAGAAAACAUGGGGGGAAAAAACUGUCAAAAUUUAGCUCAGUUCAUCAGAGAAAGACUACUGAUUAAAAGGCUGGCUGAAUAAUCAGGCUGUUGUCAGACACUGCUGGCAGUCUUGUCACUGUGGCUGCAUUGUGCAUGUUUUGUUUUUGCUCAGAUUGGUAUGAUGGCUUAUAACUGAGUCUGCCAACAAACAAAAAACCAUCAGGACAUAGUAAUAUGCUUCUGGACAGUUUUGGGAAGGUGGUGAAAAAGUUACUUUUGAGCUCUGUGCUUUAAAUACAACUCUCAUGCACACUUUAAAUAUUAACCUAAAUUUCCUCAGUCACCAUUGUGCUUUCCAAAUUAUAACACCUCUUCCAUACUAAAUGACAGAAUAUCAAAUUUAAAACAGUCACUGGCAAGUUUUUAAUAUAAAUUCUACUACUGUAUAUAGACUAAUGCAGUUUUAUUAUUAUGGCUUGUUGAAUUGAUACAGCAUAAACCAUUAUAUUUGAUUAUUUCUAGAAUGAACUAGAAAAAUCCAUCACACACAUUACUGGCUAAGAUAACUCGAUUAGUUACAUGUCACAUGUAUAGAGUUUUUUAUACAUGACUUGUUUCUCUUUGAAAAUGACAACAAAUAUCAACACAACAUCAGCAUUACAUAUAUGCUUUUGGCUGACCUGCUUUCUAAUUAUUGGCGUCGGUCAGUGAAAAACCAUAAUCAUUAUGAUUUCCUUUAUAUAGUUAAACACAGAAUCACAGAGUCUAAACAAUGUCAAAUUGGUUUAAUGUGUGGAAUUAUUAUUACUACUCAUUACUUCCAAAAUAAGGAGUGUUGUUUUCUGUGUCUUUGCGAAAGAUCAUUCAUGACCUUUUGUGCUUCUCUCUUCUGUUAAAGGCAGACAAUAUGGUUUUGGCCAUCUUGAACAAACUAAAAGCGGAGAAAAGAGAUCUCAGUGUGAACUACUUGCAGGCCCUCUGCAGAGUCCACACAGGGAUCUGUAGACAGAAAAGAGACUGGGAGAAGGCUCACAUCCUGGCCUACAGCAUUCUCACUGAAGGUUAGUAAUCUCUGUGAUUGCCUGUAGACUUUCAAUGCUGGUAUUUCGGCGUGUCAUUGACAAAAUUGUCUCUUGUUUUAACUGUAUUUUAAGAUACAUUUUGCGUUGUGACAAAAAAGCCAUUCAAAAUUCAUGUUUAUUUUACCUCAAGCCUACAUGUGAUUGUUUUUUAUCAUUGUGUCUCCAUAUUUUAGACUUUCCAGAUGCUGCUAAGCUGAUUUUGUUCAUAGUGACAACGUGGCCCACUGUUCUCUCACACAGCAGUUCUCUGUGCCAGGCAAUACAGACAGUCACCAAACUGAUAGCACAAGAAGACCUCCUCAGUUGCCUGUCUGUGUUCCUCAGUUGGGAUAAGGUAAAGUACUGUUUAGCACCAGGGCACCUUAGAAGGGGAACCAAAACAUUCAGAGCUCCCCUCUGAGACUGGCUGUAGUAUAGAUCAUGAAGCCCACCUCAUGCCCAAUCAUGCUGAUUCAUGUGCAAAUGGUCAUUUGUCUGGGGUUUUUUGUUUUAUUGGUUACUUGAUGCAAGAAAGACAGGAUGUGGUUUUAUGAUUGACAGCUCUGCCAAUAACUGGAGCUUCUGCAGCAUCCAGCUUAGCAGAGUAGAAAAGGUACUGCAAGGAUAAAUGUCUCGAACCACGAGUGUCUGCUUCAAAUUAACACAAGAAUCUGUACGGCACCUGAGGGAUCUUUGGUGUUUCCUCAGUAAGUUUAAUGUUUUCUGCGGUUGGCGGAAAAUUCAUGGUCUCAACACCACAGCCUCACCAGCCAGAUUUUUUUGCAGAUGCCUUUGCUUGAAAAUGUUUCACGAAAUCAGUAUGUCAGCACCCACUGAGGCAGUAUUUUGGCUUAAUUCUUGCAAUAAGAGGAGAUAGAGGUGCAUUAUCUACAUUUAUACAGUCACUGGUUCUAUAUUUGUCCUACGCCUUGAGGUUUGGAUUCAGUGUGCCACCUGUGUAGCCAACUCAAUAGUGCCUUUUCACACCAUCUCCUACCAUCGCAGCCUUUGUAAAUUCAGUAUAAUUAGCAGUGUAAAACCUAAUCUCCCUGUAUCUCUGCAGAGUCCUCCCUGUGAUAUUGACGAGCUGAUCUCCAGAACACUGUCCAAAAUCCGGUCAGUGUCAGGCCUGUCCUUCACUCAACACAGUCGACACGGAGAGGAUCUAGGGACUGAGGCUUGGGAGUGUGUCUUCACCCUGCACCUUCUUUGUGCACACAAGAAGUGGAAGUGGACUUAUGAAAAUAUAUUAGGGUAUGUUUUUAUAUGUGUAAUGUUCAUUCUAAAGAAAAUACAAAUAAUCCAAAUCUGUUGAAGAAGCAACACCUUAUGAGAUGUCUUUUUUAUUGUUCUCACAGAAAGGAGUUAUGGCCAUUGAUGAACACUUGGGUGACACAGCCCAGAGAUCAACAAGCACCUGUCUCUGAUGUGACUGUCAGUACUGUACUUCGACUCAUAGGUCAGUUAAUUUGUUAAUUUACUUGCACAUGUCAUCACAAUUUAUGUCCAGUGGCAUGAUGGGCAGUUGAAGGCAGCUGAUUUUAUUGUCUCUUUUGUAUUAAAACAGGACGCAUAAGUCAGCUGGGAAUCAAAGAGAGAAAUAUUUCUUCUGUAAUAACUGUUGCCAACGUCAUCAACACUUUUGGAAGACAUGGACGAACUGAAGGUAGAUGAGAAACCCUGGCAAAAUAGAGUUAUCCGGCGGGUUGUAUUUCAGACACAGUCCUCUAUUGUGUGCAGAGUGCAGAGAGUUUUUCUCUCACAGCUGCAUUUCAUUAAUUUUAGCAUUUGACACACAAAUCUGAUGUUCAACAUUUUCAAGUUCAGGCAAACAAAAACCUUUUUUGUUUCAGCAGAUGUUGAUAUUCAAGCCUCAUCUUCUGCUUACUUACAUGUGUGUUAGUAUGAUGAAUAAUUGUGCCACACAGACAAAAAUGAUACCAAGUCCUUUCCUUCAAUUACCCACAUUUGAAAUAUCUUGAUUUCUCUCUCCAGGUGUACCUUGGGAAGUCCAGCUAGCAGCCAUCUACUGCAUCUAUGACCUGUCUCCUGUCAAUCCUCAAGAAGCGCUGGAUGCUCUGGCAGCAUGGAGAGGGGAAAGGUCCCAGAGCGUGCCACCUACUGUGACAAGCUACAUUAACCAGUUAGCCUCUGUCUGCAGACUGAUAAAGAGCUGAGAGCAACAUCACUGUAGUCUGUGUCCAUUUUAGAGACUUUCAUGUGCACUUCUACUCCAAAGCUAACUUACCUUGUAAUUUUCUGUUAUUUUGUAGCACGUCUUUCCUUAACCUGUCUAUGAAGUAUAAAAGUCUGUUUCCCAGGAUUUUAACCAUCAACACUCUAUAAUCAAUGAACUGGCAUAACCCCCUGGCCUGUUUGGUACUUCCAGGUUAUUCUGUAAAAUAUUGUAAAUGUAGCUCCAUGAUUAUGGUUGUAUUCUAUUGUAAAUGUAUUUCUUCAAAGAGUUUAAGAGUAUAUAAAAAAAGUGCUUCUUACAUUUGUAAAAUUCUUAGUUGAAAGGAAAAAUUUGACUAAUUUAAUCAUUUGCAUUAAAAUUUUCUACUAAUCGUG